UCAACAAUCAGCAGGAUAAUUAACUAUUGGCACAUUUAAUGUACUAAACAAUCAUCAAUACAAUUAAUCAAAUUGUAAUUGGAUCUGGGUGGAUAAAAGUGAUCAUCAGUAAAUAAAAAAUUAGUGAAAUUUAUUUCUAUGGAUUCAAAUUGUUUAUAUUUUGUCCAAUUCUGUUUGGUCAUUAGCUUGGCCAUUGGUCAAUCUUUUGGUAAUGACAAUCCAAUAGUGAAUACGAAGCUUGGAAAAAUUCAAGGUAAUCGAAAAGGAAUCGCAGGCCGAUAUUACGAAGAGUUUCUUGGUGUCCGAUAUGGCCGAAUCCCGAAACGAUUUCAGUACUCGAAGGUAAACUCUGACCAUUGGAUGGGUAUUCUAAAGGCCGAUACUUAUGGUCCAAAAUGUACUCAACUACCGAUCGAAGGGACAAGCGAGGAUUGUUUGUUUCUCAACAUUUGGCGACCGGUGGUUAAUGAAUCGAUUACGAAGAUCAGUCCACUUCCUGUGUUACUUUGGGUCCAUGGUUCGGGUUAUCGAGAAGGAUCUGGUUCAGAUAACCCUGGUGAUGUGAUUACCUCUUUAGGUUCAAUUAUUGUUGUGACGAUUAAUUAUCGUUUAGGUGCUUUUGGUUUCGCUUUUGGUGACACUGAUCAUAUUCAAGGAAACCAAGGCAUAAGUGAUGUGAUAACGGCUUUAAAAUGGACUCGUGAAAAUAUUGGCUACUUUGGUGGUGACCCUGAGCAGGUCACUUUAAGUGGCCAUUCAGCGGGUUCAAUGAUUAGUUCAACUUUUCCCGUUCUUCCAACAAUUGAUCAUUCCCUUUACUCUCAACUCUUUAUACUUUCGGGUGUCUCAGUUCAUCCAAUGUUCAUUGAAAAUACAACCAUAGCCAUCGACAAAACUAAACUGUUGGCGGAAAAAGUGGGUUGUGGUCCAGUUCCCGAAGGUCCAUUGACCAAACGAGUUGUUCGUUGCUUACAAACGGUAAACGCUUCGAUCAUUAUUGAAAAGAAUCAAGAUGAAGAUAUUAAAGCGAUCGGUGGAGCGGAACAUUGUGCUUUCAUUCCCGUUUAUGGAACACCACUAAUUCCAAAGCCACUUAUCGAUCUUUUCUGGUCAAGUUUCAAUUCCACAAGUCAUAAAAUAAAAAUUGUCGACGGAAUUUCAAAGGAUGAGACGGCUGCUUUUUGGGGAUACUUGAAGCCGAAAACUCGAGCUGAAGGCUGGUCAAUGGCUUGGGAUCAUUUGUCGUACAUCAAAAAAGAUUUAACUGAAACUGAAAUGAAACCAUUUUACGAUUUCUAUUUUAAAGAUUCCGUUGAUGGAGAUGAUCGGUCACUUCGAACUGCGUUGACAAACUUUAUGAAUGAUUAUUCUUUUCGAUGUACAUCUUUGGCUUUGUCAGAAAUUUAUUCUAAUCGACAUUCGAUUCAUUUCACUGAAUUUGAUUAUAUUCUCGACAAGUAUGGACCUGAAGCUCGACCGGAUGGACCUUGGCAUGGAGAUUCAGUUGAACUUUUCUUCGGGAAUCCACUUAGACCGAAUAAUCCAAAUCUCCAAUUCUUUGGCACCGGAAGUUAUUCUGUUAGAGAUGAGAUGAAAAGCAAGAGAUUAAUUGAAUUGAUGGUUGGUUUUGUCACCAACGGAACUUUAGUUGAUUGGCCUGAGUUACAUUUCGAUAGACUUAAGCCCAAAGUCGAACCAAGAAUUCGGGAAAUUAAUUAUCAAGACACGAACGUUAAUUAUGAGAAACAAUCAAUUUGUGUUGAAUGGUCAAAACUUCUUGGAUUUGAUGUAACCAUAGACCUUAAAUCAAUCAAUUAACAAGCUAAUUACAAUUGUCUUUUAACAAUCAAGCUCAAUAUUUAAACUCUUCCCAUGUACAGAUUAGCAGGUCAUGAUAAUUUAUUUGAUGACUUAUUGCAAAAUAGUAAUGAUUAAAUCAGAAAAUCAAUUAGACUUUCCAUCAUCGAAAAUAAUAUCACUUUGAACCUUAAUUCUUGCAAUGAAACAAAAUAGUAUUUCUUGUAAUUAAUUUUCCAAAUUCUCCUUAAUUUGUUGAUAAAAUGUUCUCAAACAAAGAAAUAAAGUAUUAAAAAGACUCGGAAUGAAA